ACGUCUCUGACGUGGUUCGUUGUAUCAGUAAUAACGUUAAUCAGAGUGGUACAACUGAAGUUAAUUAGAAUUGCUCCGGAAUUUUCUUUUUAAGCGUCAAAAUUGGAUAAUACGUGAUUGGAAUAAUGCCGUCGAUUGUGCGCGAAGAACUGAAGCUGAUGCUGGUGACGUUGAUGGUAUCUCAUGUUGUCGCGAAGUCGUGCUUUUUCACAUCGCCAUUGACGCUGCAACUGGUGCUGGAGUACGUGGAAUGGCGAUCCUGGGACCAAGUAGUCCUCUUCGACAAUGUCAGCCCGUUCAAUUGUGCCCUCAGUUAUGCCCGGCCGUUGAUCGAGUGUUUCGGGGAGAAGGGCAUCAGCGUGUCUCUACAGUCGGCGACGAACCCGAACAUACCGGAAGCUCUCACGAUCCGAACACAUCGCAUUGGCUCGAUCGUACUUCUGGAUGGACUGAAUCUUACAUCACCCGACAAUAUUAUUCAAGUGGCCUCCCAGAAAUUUCUGUUCAAUUAUUAUAUCUCUUGGCUCAUGGUGACCACGAGAAAUACCGAUUCUACCAUCGAUGCCGUUCUUCGGGAUUUAAAUAUCGGCAUCGACAGCGACGUCGUCGUAGCUACCUCACCGUUUCCAGGUGAUGCUGUCGCUUGGAGAUACGCACAGAAAUACCUGAAUAAAAUGUGUCGGCCGCUCCGGCAAUACGGCCAUCGCUUCGAGUUUACGGGCCCACCGGAAGGACGCAACGUCGAGAACGCCACGACUAACUUGAGCUUCGCCACUUUGGAGAACCGCUCAGUGUCCUUCUACUUGAUGCACACCUACAAGAUACGUCACUUGGACAAUUCGAGUCUCGUCGUCCGGUACCUCGGCUUCUGGAAUCCGGCAUCUCACACCCUCAAACCACCGAAGAGCGUGAAGCUGAGGUCCGAUUUCAACGGUCUUCCCAUCGUCUUCGGCGUGUUAAACGACACCAGCGAGAAGCAGCCGAAUGGACAGGCGGAUGUCAUCGAGGAGGAAGCAAACGACAUCGCACCGUUCUUAGACUUUGCCACUAUUGUCGCCAAUAGCGUAAACGCUAGCAUCGAGUUGGUGCCGCACGAAAAGCUCGGCACGCUAACUAACAAAGUAUGGAGUAAUCUUCUUGGCGACGUUGUGGCCGGUACGAUUGACAUCGGCUUGGGAUACAUAACGUCGAAUGACGAAACGCGUUGGAGAGAAAUGACGUUCAGUCAUCCUCUGAUACGAUAUACGAAGAACAUUUACUACCAUCCACUGGAGACCGGUACGAUGAGGGAUAUAUUUUUGCGACCGUUCAAUAAUCAGCUGUUGGGCUGCGUCGCGGGUAUGUACUUCAUCAUGUUGAUUGCGAUGGCGAUAGUGAUCUACGCCGCCAAGACCGCCUUGCACGACGACGAGGAGAAACAUGUUGGAAUCGGGGAGGCGACGCUUUGGUGCUUCAGCAUCAUGUGCAUGCAAGGAUCACCAUGGAUGCCACGCACCCCGUCCGGGAAAACCCUGCUGUUAUUCAGUUUAAUAUUCUCCCUCGUAAUGUACAACGCUUACGCCGGCUUCAUCACGUCCAUAUUGUCAGUGCAGGCCACUGGAAUCAAAUCGAUCACCGAUCUUCUCUUUAACAAUUUUCAACUCGGCUACAGUGACGCCGAGGAUACGUACAUAAGAAACGCUAACGACAGCAAUCUCCGGCAGUUGUAUAUAAAAGCAUUCAAUAAUCGUGAGUCUCGGCUGGAUACAACAGCUGGCCUCAGAAAAGCUGUCGAAGGACGAUACGGAUUUUUUAUAAGCGCCACUCUCGCGCGACGCGCUCUUAGAACGACUUUCAUACAAGAACGGUGUACCUUGAAGGAGCUACCGCUUGCGCAAACGCUCACAGUCAUCGCUCUUCCCAUGGCCAAGAGCUGUCCGUACAGGAAAAUUAUCAAUCUCAACAUCCUGCGUAUAUACGAACGCGGUGUCCUGCACAAGAUACAAGAACGGAUGCUGCCAAAGAUGCCGUCGUGCGCGACGCCGGCGACCUUCCACAGCGCGAGACUCACCGACGUUUACACCGCGUUUUUUCUCCUGGUGGCUGGCAUGAUCAUCGCGAUCUCCCUCGGCAUCGCCGAGAGGAUAUGGAACAAGCGGAGGCAGAUGCAGGAGACCAUCGUGCGCGGCAUACGCGAGCACCAUCUUAUACCGCACAUCCCAUCCAUCCAUUUCCAUCAUCACCGUGGUCACCAUCACGAUCAUCACAACGAUUAUCCUCCUCAUCCUGGUGCUUUUCCGGCCGGCAGAUUGCACGGCUUGCACGAACCCGCUUACCUGACGAUGCUGCGGGAUCACGCUCGCCAAGUGCAAUCUUUCGUUGGGCUUCAGGAACGCGAUAAUUCCCCGGAGAAGUUGAAGGCUCCGGAAUUGCGCUUUCCGGUGCGGCGAAGGUCGGCAGGUCUCAAAAGAGCGUCCUGGUCUUCUUUCUCGGGCUUGUCCAAGAGGAAGAUGAGAUCGACCGAGAAGGAUCCGCCAACGUUGAACGCGGAGACCACUCGGUUCUUACCAUUUUGCGAUUGAAUACCGUUUUCUAUUCUCUUGGAUA